AUGAAGCCUGAGACAUCACCACCAUCGAAGAAAUGUAAUGGACAUGGCAAUGAAGCAUGGAGCUAUGCGACGUCUAAUACAGUUGGCACUUCCAGCAUAAAACCGAACAUCGAAAAAUUUGAAAUCUCUAAAAACUAUCAGGGCGGCUAUGGUGGUUAUGAGGAGAUGGAAGAGCGCGACAAGAUUGGCGAUGGACCCGGUGGUGGCAUACCAUACGAUGAUGAUAGACCCGAUUCGCCAGCCUCAUUUGAGGAAAUCGAACGCCCGCCAUUACGAAAAAUCGACAAAUAUCUUAAAGCCGAGUGUCCUUGUUUGCCAGCGCGUUACACGAUUGCGGUGAUGGCAUGCAUAGGAUUUAUGAUAUCCUUUGGUAUGCGUUGUAAUAUGUCGGCGGCGAAGCUGAAAGGCGAACACAAUCAUACGACUUUCAUGAAUUGGAGUGUCGCCGUGGAAAGCCAUGUGGAUUCGUCAUUCUUCUGGGGCUAUUUGAUCACACAAAUACCGGGUGGUUUCAUAGCUUCGAGAUUUCCGGCUAAUAAAAUCUUCGGAUUGUCCAUUGUAUGCUCGGCAACGUUACAUUUGUUGGUGCCAUUGGUGAUGGCCGUGUGUCACGGUUAUGUUGUCAUAGGUGUGCGUGUAACGCAGGGACUAUUCGAGGGUGUCACCUAUCCGGCCUGCCAUGGCAUUUGGAGAUUUUGGGCGCCACCCAUGGAGCGUUCGCGUUUAGCAACUUUGGCGUUCAGCGGUUCGUAUGCGGGUGUUGUUGUGGGUCUACCGCUGUCCGGUCUGCUGGCCGAUGCGAUUGGCUAUCAGGCGCCCUUCUACGCUUACGGCACGUUUGGCAUAACAUGGUACCUCUUUUGGCUGUGGCUCUGCUUCGAGAAUCCCCGCAAACAUCCUGCCAUUAGCGUACCUGAACUGAAGUAUAUCGAGAAGUCGUUGGGCGAGACGUCCAUGCAGCCAUCGAUGCCAUCGAUAAGCACCACACCCUGGCGCGAGAUGGUGCGUUCCAUGCCGGUUUAUGCCAUUAUCGUUGCGAAUUUCUGUCGUUCAUGGAACUUCUAUCUACUCGUGCUCUUCCAAUCUUCAUUUCUGAAACACAAAUUUGGCUUCAAGGUCGAGGAGGCGGGCUUCAUUGGUUCGUUGCCGCAUUUGAUUAUGACCACUAUAGUGCCAUUUGGCGGCAUGUUGGCGGAUCAUUUGCGUAAGAAUGGCAUUAUGUCGACGACGAAUGUGCGAAAGCUCUUCAAUUGCGGUGGUUUCGGCAUGGAGGGGUUGUUCUUUCUGUUCGUCGCGCACUCAAAUACGGCGACUGGCGCCAUGUUUGCUCUCACCUGUGGCGUCGCCUUCAGUGGGUUUGCCAUUUCGGGCUACAAUGUUAAUCAUCUGGAUAUCGCACCACGCUAUGCUAGUAUUUUGAUGGGUCUCUCGAAUGGUAUUGGCACUUUGGCUGGCAUAAUUGUGCCCUAUGCGCUCGAUGGAUUGAUUUACAGAGAUCCCACUGGCUGCUGGACCACAGUGUUCACGCUUGCCGCCUGCGUACAUUUAGUCGGCUGCACCUUCUACGGCAUCUUCGCUUCGGGCGAACUACAACCCUGGGCCGAACCACCGACUGAAGAGAAGCAGGUGUGGGCGCCACCAAUGGGCGCCAUAGCUGAAGAUCCCAGUCAGGGUGGUUACACCAAAGAGACGUCAUUCGGCGCACCACCACAAUACACCGAACAAAGUCAAAUGCAACAGCCGAAUGCCAUCAAUUAUGGUGCGACUGGUCACGUGGCCAACAAUCCAUUCGCCGCCAUGGCUGGCACUAUACCCGAGGAGAGUGUGGUGCCCGAGGCCGCAGCUGGUGAUGCCAGCGCGUAUGGGGUAUAUGACUAUGCCCAACAACAACAAACAAUACAGUCUCAAAUGCCAACCUAUGACCAACAAUACCAACAGCCGGCGUAUCAGCAACAACAACAACCACAACAACUCAACUACCAACAACCCUAUCAGCCACAAUAGAAAGUAUAGGCGGAAUGAAAGGAACACGGGGAACUAAGGGGAGUUAAUAAAUAAUAGAAAUAAAUGCAUCAUAAAAUAAAAUUAUAAAAAAAUAUAUGUAAGUAAGUAGCGAAAUUGAAA